AUGCGGCAUCGGAGAAAAUAUUUGCUGCUAAAUAGAGUUCCGGAAUCAUCUGAUGAAAACAUCUUAGAUAAAAUGGUAACUGUCCUGCAGGAUAAGCUUCAACUACAGGAAUUUUCUUCAAGCUCCAUUGUGGCUUGCCAUCAUCUGGGUGCAGUAUCGAAAGCUUGUGCAAGAUCAGUCCUAAUACGGUUUAGUUAUCAGCCCGUUAAGUCAACCAUUUGGGCCAAGAAGACACAGUUGAAAGGCGUUCUUUUGGACGAUAACCAAAUAUUGGAUCUACUGCAGGAUGGAAAUAAUUCCGACCUAGAUAUUUCGGACUUGGAAUGUGAUGAAAACUGUCCAGAACAGCCAUCAUUACCAGCUCAGCAGUUUGAAGAUCAAAAUGUAGCGUCUCCGCCACAAGAACCAUCCACAUCAACGCGAACAGGUAGACAACGAACUUUACCUUUACGUAGGCGAAUUUGGAAAAAUGAUUAUUAUAUUGAUAAAUUCCAUGAUUAUUCUGGGCAUCCAGAACCUGCAAAAAUCCGUUCUCCAAAUGAGUAUUUUCGUGAUUAUUUUGACGAAUCAUUUUUUGAAAAUGCUGCUCUUUGCACCAACAUGUAUUACAUGCGCCACACUGGACGGGUUCUUAAUACCAGUAGCCAAGAAAUAAAGAAACUGGUCGGCAUGCAUCUAAUAAUGGGCAUGUUGUCAUAUCCAAGAAUUGCAAUGUACUGGCGUAAACAUAUACAAGUGGAAAUGAUAGCCACAGCUAUGCCUAGGGACAGGUUUACAACUUUAAGAAACGCUUUACAUGUUGUUCCAUCUGAUACUCCACCGGCUGGUCCAAGGAAUCCACUUUGGAAAGUACAACCUGUAAUUGACAUUAUAAAAGAUGCAUGUAACAAAAUUGACAGAUGUCCAGGAAGAUUUUCCGUCGACGAGCAAAUAAUACCGUUUACAGGUAAAUGUGAGCUUCGGCAGUUAGUAAAAAACAAACCACGACCUGUCGGCCUCAAAAAUUUUGUUCUUACUACAAGUGAUGGAUUAAUGCUAGAUUUUGAGAUAUAUUACGCAGCUAAUCCCGCUUUCUCAGACAGAUCUUUAGGACUUGGACCAGCUAUCAUUUUACGUUUAGCACAAGCGGUGCCGCCGACUAGUUGCCUGUAUUUCGAUCGGUAUUUUUCAACGAUACCCCUGUUGGAAACAUUAUCUAAACAGAACCUCCAUGGUACGGGAACGAUUAUGCUUAAUCGUAUACCCGACCGUGUUCACAUAAAUUUUAAAGAGGACAGGAAAAUGAAGCGAGGGGAAGUUGACCAACGGGUUCUUGAUGACAGCAUAGCAUUAGUCAAGUGGAAAGACAGUAAAUGUAUUGUUAUGGCAUCCAACUGCACGGGUGGUAACUGUAUCGAUCUCGUCAAACGUUACGAUAAAAAUAGGCAGGCAUACAUUGACGUAGAAGCUCCAAGAGUUGUUACAAAUUACAAUAAAUAUAUGGGCGGUGUCGAUGUUUUGGACCAGUCCAUGGAAUAUUACAGAACCUUUAUGAAAACCAGAAAAUGGACCUUGAAAGUGAUUCUUCAUUUUCUAGAUCUAGCUGUAGUAAAUUCCUGGAGAUUGUACAAAUGUCAUUCUUUGGCAAAAGGUGUGCAAAAUAAUAAAAUAAUGGAUCUCAUGGCUUUUAGGUUUGAAAUUGGUGAGUCAUUGCUAUGUGUACCGGCCAGAGAUAGACGUGAGGCAACUCCACCCUCCCCUUCGGUUGAACAAGCUUCAGGUAUUCGCAGAUACCGACCAGGAACAAAGCCAUCGGAGGGUAAGAGGUACGAUGGAUACGACCACCUACCAAUCGUAGAUGACAUUACGUCUCCUCGUUGUUGUCGCUUAGAAUCUUGUUCCUCGCGUACAAAAAUCAGAUGCAGAAAAUGCAACAUUUAUUUGUGUUUAAGCCGAAGCAAUGACUGUUUUUAUUUAUAUCAUACUAAGUAA